AUGCCUGCUCCAGGCGAACAGCACAGUGGACGAGCGAUCGCGAACCCAUUCGAAGAGGUCAAACCGCGCAUAUCAGAAUACACAGCACAAGAGAUUGCUACAUUACAAAGUAGACUAGAGAAACAACUAGGACCCGAAUAUAUAUCAUCGCGAGCAGGACCAUCAGGACACAAGGUACAUUAUAUCACAGCGGAGAAAUGUAUUCAGCUUGCCAACGAGGUAUUCGGAUUCAAUGGUUGGUCGAGUCAGAUCAUCGAGACACAAGUAGACUUUGUAGAUGAAAAUGCUACGACUUUGAAAGUUAGUUUAGGACUCUCGGUCAUUGUCAGAGUGACGUUGAAGGAUGGUACUUUUCAUGAAGAUGUGGGGUAUGGACACAUUGAGAACUGUAAGGGCAAGGCGGCGGCUUUUGAGAAGGCGAAGAAAGAGGGGACGACAGAUGGGUUGAAGAGGGCAUUGAGAAACUUUGGGAAUGUGUUGGGUAAUUGCAUAUAUGAUAAGGAUUAUCUGGCCAAGGUCACGAAGAUUAAGGUCCAGCCUGUCAAGUGGGACGUUGAGAAUCUACACAGACAUUCAACCUUUACUCCACAAGUAGUCGCGAAGAAAGAGAUCGAUGCACCAAAAGUCGCGGAAAAGGCUCAGGGUUCUGGACCGGCGAGUACAAGCUUAUCAGGCGAUGACACAUUGAUAGGAGAUGAUGAGUUCGGGGAUUUCGACGAUGCCGAUUUCAACGUUGCAGAUCCGAAUGCUCACCCAGAUGAAGUUGCACUUCCUCCCCCACGAACUGCUUCACACCAUUUCAACAAUGCCAGAAACAAUAACAAUGCGCCCUCGGGGAAUACAGGGCCACCAAACCAAAGCCGAACUUCUGGGCCUUCGGGACCCCCAGUUCCCAUAAUCAAGAGUGGACCGUUAGUUCAACCAAAUCGACCACCAGAAGCUGGUGACCCAAUGAUCACUCGCAAUAAUCAUCCUCCACCAGCACCACGAACACCCAAUGCAGGUCUCGCAAGAUCGAUCAGCGCAGCAGGACCUAUUGUUCGCGCCCCUCAAGACCUAGUCCAACCCAACCGUCCUUCUAAUCUUGUUAACGCGUUCCCUGGCCGCGUUUUAAACCAACCCAAUAGACCUCAACCUCAACCCCAAGCAGCAUCCGGUCCCCCAUCUCCAUCCCGCAACAACGACAUAACCGAUGAAAUGCCCCCACCAGGAGCCGGUUUUACCUCUGCUCGCGCUGCAUCUCUCCUUCCUCAAGACCACACACCCUCCCAAGUUCCCCCUGCAAAUCUCAACCUCCCCGCCUUUAACCCCAACCUCGAAUCCCCAUCUAUCCGGCGUACCCCAGGAGUUGAUCAGAAAUCUUCCAAACCACUUUCCCGCGACUUGAAACCUAUCCCUGCGUCUCAGGCUCAAGUUUCUACUACUGGUCCACCACAAGCUCAGCCAGCUUCUCGUCCUGUUGUCGCUGGAAAUAGGAAUAUCAAUUUGGGAAAUCCACAAUUAGAUACCACGAGAAGAAUUGGUGCGCCUGGUAGCCCGAGUCCGAUGAAUAUGGGAAAUAGGAACAGUUACAAACCGCCGACGAUGAUGAAGAGGCCAAUGCCGGAAGCGAAUAGAGCUCCGCUGACGGAUUUACAGACGAAUGGUAGUGGAAUGGCGGGGGAUGAGCAUGGAAAUGGGGAUGCGAAGAGACAGAGGUUGAAUGGGAUGUAG